AUGGUAGUUAAGCUCUGUCCAUGGGCACCCCCGCUUACUCCGGACCGCCAGGCUCUCAAGGGGCUCUUGGACACCCUCUUUCCGAGGGUGCAUCAAGGAGGGGGCAUUCCCCCCAGAGUGGAGGAGGGCAAGGCGCCUGGGAGCGCGUCGGCCUACAGGCCGAUAUGCCUGCUGGACGAGGCGGGAAAGAUGCUCGAGCGCAUCAUCGCUGACCGCCUCGUCCGGCACCUAUCCACGGAGGAGCCGGACCUUGACGACCGACAAUACGGGUUUAGACCCAGACGCUUGACGCUGGAUGCGAUCCAGUGCGUCCAGGACCUGGCCCGGACGAUCGUGGAGGAGGAGGGCGGGGUGUUGCUUGCGGGGUCGGUGCUCGGUCCCUUAUUAUGGAACAUCGCAUUCGACCGGCUGCUGUGCACUCCUCUCGCCCUUGGCUGCCAUGUAGUCUGCUAUGUAGACGACACAUUGGUACUGGCCUGGGAGGAAGCCCGCUUCUGGGUGGAGGCGGCACUAGUAUCGGUGGUGGACACUAUCAAGGACCUGGGUCUCAAGGUGGCGCCUCAGAAGACUGAGGCCGUGUUCUUUCACAAUGGCAGUUGCGGAGCGCCGUCGAGAACCCGAGUCCUAGUGGACGGAGUCCGCAUUCACGUCGGGCCCACGAUGAAAUAUCUGCCCCUAACGUUGAGCAGCCGAUGGGACUUCGGGGCUCAUUUUAAGCAGCUGGCCCCCAGAAUGCGCAAGGCAGGCCUAAAACUGGCGCCCCAACUCAUGGCCACCGGCCGCAGCAAACGCCUAAUGAGUCAGGCGAUGCGGCCGGUGGUCGUGCGGGCCAUUCGGGGAUAUCGCACCGUGUCUUAUAUAGCGGCGACCACCCUGGCGGGCUCUCUUCCCGUGGAGUUCCUCGCCGAAGAGCGAUGCAUUCUCUAUUGGAGGGUGCGGGAGCUCCGCGAGUAG